GUGGGUUUCAGUAGGCGCUUGGUAAGGUCUAGUCUGUGGGUCGCUGCUGAUGGUGAUGGUGGUGCUGUCUGUUUAGCGCAGUCGCAUUAAGUCUUUGGUAGUCGUCGGUGGAGAGCUCGUUGUGUCGGUCCAGCGUCUGCAGAAAGAGAGUGAGAGAGAGAGAGAGAGAAAAAGAGAGAGAAGUCAAACUUGUAUCACCGGUUCGUCUUUCGAGGAAGAUCGACGCGCCUCGAGAAUGAAGUUGUGUUGGAGUUUAGCGUCGGUCUUCAUCGUCACGUCGAUGGUCGUCAGCACCGUCAGACCAGAAUCUGUGUUUUGGGAGGAAAACGACAAGGAGAUCCUUGUACGAACUGUACGUGGCACCAAGGAACGAGCAUCCGGCAGCAGCGCCGCUUCGUGCAGAUACGUCAAGGGUCAAUGGUCGGAGUGCGAUUCAAAAACCAACACUCGUUCCCGAACUCUUAGUCUUAAAAAGGGAGACAAAUCUUGCGAACAGACUAAGACUAUUCAGAAGAAAUGCAAGAAAGGCGUGGCGGGGAGAGCAGCGUGUCGGUACGAAAAGGGCACAUGGAGCGGAUGCGUGAAUCAACUAUCGACGAGAGUGGAUAAUUUGAAGGCGAACAGUGAUCCCACUUGCGAGAAGACGCGUUUGAUUACGAAGAGGUGCAAACCGGAGACCAAUACCAAGAAAUCUACCAAAGGAGGCGAACGAUCGAACAAGAAGUCGGGCAAGCAGUAAGAUAAUUUUCUCGUUCAAACGUACCGUGUCCCUUUGUAAAACACAUGGCGAUCAGUAAAAAUCCGACGACGGGCAACGAAAACAAAAAAAAAAAAAAAAUAAAAUGCAUCCUUAUGUUUCCUCUUCGACAUAUAUAUAUAAAUAUGUUUUAUUAACGAAUUGUCGUUAUUAAUAAAUCGCGAGUAUACUUACUACGAUCGAGACAUUGUCGUCGAUCGGUUGAAAUAAUAAUAAUAAUAAUAAUAAUAAAUAAAUAAAUAAAUAAAUGAAUGAAUGAAUGAAUAAACGUUUCUGUGUACGCGUACAAUUUUGUUGCGUAAGCAAAAAAAAAAAGAAAAUCAAACAAAACAACAUAGAAAUGAAUCUUCCUCGAUUGUCUAAUAAACAAAUCUAAUGAUCGACAUUAAAAAAAAAAAAUCGAUAAACGCAC